UUUCAGUCAAAUUCACGUCUGCCUUGCGCGUGCUGCAAUUCUUAGAGUGUUGUAUAUUCGACGUUGCUGUAAUUGUGGAAUUAUCUUCUGAACACAAUAAUAUAGAUUCCAGUUUAAAGAAUAGGAAAGGCAACCAUGGCAGGACUAGAAAUACCGUUCAAAGUAACAGAGGGCUACCUGGGACCACAGAGUAAAUUUGAGUCGUACGGCCUACAGAUGUUAGCACAUAGUGACCCCAUCAUAGACAUGGCGGGUCCAACAACAGAAAUAAUAAUGAGUGCUCCACCUGGAACCCGCGUUACAACUAAAAUGCUGUCCGUAUCCCUCAAGAAGGAAUGUAACGAGUAUCAUUUGAUCCGUCGUCAAGGAGACAACUUCCUCUUCCUGUUAGCACCACCUACACCGGGAUUUUAUAAAUUUCAGUUAUACGCAUUACCAAAAGGGGAGGCCGGACCUCAAAUGCAGUGCGUGUUUAAUUACAUCGUUCACUGUCCAAAUCCAGGUGAUGGUCAACCCUUUCCUAAACAGUAUCCACAGUGGAAGGACGGUUGUUAUCUUACGGAACCCCUUAAAAUAACGAAAGGAAACCGUGACCCCGUCGUUAAAUUCAAUGUGUUUGUUCCCAAGGCCGUUGAUGUUCAGGUUAAGAUUAACACUGAUUGGAAUCCAUUAGAAGCCACGUCGCCAGGCAACUGGGAGGGUAUGGUGGACCUAAGUAAGAACUACCCACCGGGAACUAAAGCGAAACUCAACUGCAAAUUCUCAGGUCACAACUAUAACACUUUGCUGGAAUAUACUAUUUAAAUCAGAAGUCAUACGUCGUUUCGACAGAACUCUGGUAAAAUUGGCCGAGCAAGCGAACAUUAAUUUUUUUUAUAAUACGUAAUUGCAAUCUGUUUUGGAACUAAUUUGAUUGACCUAGGUGAAGUAACUGGGAAACACCAUUAACACAAAACAAUAGUUUCAGUUAGUUGGAAAUAUUCGCUCCAACUCUAACUAUUUGAAGUUUUGGUUUGAAUAAUUGUUUCGUUUAGCUAGUGUAAGGGACAUAACUCUUGUUUUGUAGGAUCGCAAGGUUGAAAAAUAUAUUUUCAUAUUAUUGGUAUUCACAAUCACGCGUGUUAUUUAUUUAAUCGUUGGGGAGUCAGUGAUUCCAAUCAAUAUUAUUCUUUUAAUUGCUUAAAGAUAAUAAACUUAUAACAUUCUAUAACAACAUAUAUGUGAAUAUCUCUUGGAAUGAGCUGUAUUAAAUAUGUAAAUAUA